CUCCCUCCCCUAUCCCCUGUUCGCGGUCACACUGCUAUCCCCUCGUUUCUUUCUCCGUGCGCCGCUGCAAGCCGGCAACUCCUCUUCGCCUCAGUUCGAUUUCUCCUCUGCGUCUCCCAAACCCAAAGGGCUCCCAGCACACCACCUGUUCGAUUAAUUGCCUCCUCGCUUGCUGUUGCCCCGUCCUAGCUUCCUUGCGUUGCGCCCACCAAAUGCUCGUGACAUUGCCGCAAUGGCCUUCGCGAUGCACCUAGCAUCAUCCUCCUACCCCCGCGCCGCGUCGCCGCUGCCGCAGGUGACUGCUUGCCCGUCGAAUGCCGGUCUACCAGCGGCAGCGCGGGGACCGUGGUGGCAGCGACGCGCCCGUUUCCAGCUGAAGUUCGCCGCCGGCUCCGAGCAGGAACGGCUCGUCACCGCCCUGCGCGAGCAGGCGGACCCGGAGGCGGCGCUCCGGAUGCUCAACUCGGCGCUCGCGCGGGACGACGGUCUCACCCCGAGCCGCGACGUCUACGAGGAGAUCAUCCGGAAGCUCGGGACGGCCGGCGCUUUCGACCUCAUGAAGGUGCUCGUCGGGGAGAUGCGGCGGGAAGGGCACGAGGUUGGCCUGGGCCUGGUGCAGUCCUUCAUAGGGAGCUAUGCGCGUCUGCAGCUGUUUGAUGAUGCCUUCGAUUUGGUGUCCAACCAGCUUGACAUGUUUGGUGUGCAGGCGAACACAGAGGUGUACAAUCACCUUCUCACUGUUCUUGCCGAGGGGAGCAAGAUAAAGCUCCUUGAGUCGGCGUAUACUGAGAUGAGCAGUCAGGGGAUCGAACCUGACGUUGUCACUUUCAACACAGUGAUCGACGCUCUGUGUCGAGCUCGUCAGGCUAGGACCGCGGUUUUGAUGCUAGAGGAGAUGUCUAGCUGUGAUGUGGCGCCUGACGAGACCACAUUCACUACGUUGAUGGAAGGGUUUGUUGAGGAGGGGAGCAUUGAGGCUGCUCUGAGGCUGAAAGCACGAAUGUCAGAAAUGGGUUGUUCACCAACAAGUGUGACUGUCAAUGUUUUGAUUAAUGGGUACUGCAAGCUGGGAAGAGUGGGAGAUGCUCUCGGCUAUAUACAGCAAGAGAUUGCAGAUGGUUUCGAACCUGACCGGGUCACGUUUAGUACUUUUGUUAAUGGUCUUUGCCAAAACGGUCAUGUCGAUCAUGCCCUGAAAGUCUUGGGUUUGAUGCUCCAGGAGGGCUGUGAACCAGAUGUUUACACCUACAGUACUGUUAUAAACUGCCUGUGUAAUAAUGGAGAACUUGAAGAGGCUAAAGGGAUUGUUAAUCAGAUGGUGGAUAGCGGUUGUUUGCCUGACACUACCACCUUCAAUACUCUCAUUGUUGCCUUAUGCACAGAGAAUCAACUUGAGGAAGCCUUGGACCUCGCACGUGAGCUAACAGUGAAGGGCCUAUCUCCAAAUGUAUAUACUUUCAAUAUUUUGAUAAAUGCCCUUUGCAAGGUUGGAGAUCCUCAUCUUGCUGUCCGAUUGUUUGAAGAGAUGAAGAGCAGUGGAUGCACCCCUGAUGAAGUUACAUACAAUAUAUUGAUUGACAACCUUUGCUCAUCGGGGAAGCUUGCAAAAGCUUUGGAUUUGUUGAAGGAGAUGGAAGUUAGUGGCUGUCCUCAGAGUACAGUGACAUAUAACACUAUAAUUGAUGGUUUAUGCAAGAGAAGGAGAAUAGAAGAAGCAGAAGAAGUUUUUGAUCAAAUGGAUGUAACAGGCAUUGGAAGGAAUGCGAUCACAUUCAACACACUAAUUGAUGGCUUGUGCAACGCCGAAAGGAUUGAUGAUGCAGCAGAGCUUGUUGACCAAAUGAUAAGUGAAGGGUUGCAACCUAAUAAUGUCACCUACAAUUCUAUUCUUACUCAUUACUGCAAGCAAGGAAACAUAAGUAAAGCUGCUGAUAUUUUACAAACUAUGACUGCAAAUGGAUUUGAGGUUGAUGUUGUUACAUAUGCAACACUCAUUAAUGGUCUAUGCAAGGCUCGUCGGACUCAAGCUGCUUUGAAGCUUCUUAGAGGUAUGCGAAUGAAAGGGAUGAAGCCAACUCCAAAAGCUUACAACCCUGUGAUUCAGUCUCUAUUUAGAGGGAAUAAUGGCAGAGAUGCGCUGAGUCUUUUUAGGGAGAUGACAGAAGUUGGCGGACCUCCUGAUGCUUUCACAUAUAAGAUUGUUUUCCGUGGUCUCUGCCGUGGUGGAGGGCCUAUUAAAGAAGCUUUUGAUUUCUUGGUAGAGAUGGCAGAUAAUGGUUUCAUACCAGAGUUUUCAUCAUUCCGUAUGCUAGCUGAAGGUCUACUGAACCUGGGUAUGGAUGAUUACCUGAUAAGAGCUAUUGAACUAAUUGUUGAGAAGGCAAACUUUAGAGAGUCUGAUAUUUCUGCAAUAAGGGGGUAUCUCAGGAUCCGUAAAUAUUAUGAUGCAAUAGCAACUUUUGGCCGUCUCCUGGAGGUCAACAACCCUCGGUGGACUUACCGAUGAUGCAUCACAAAUACCUGAGACGAUAGAAUCUGGAGAAUUACUCAGUAGAUGAAAAUUUUCUGGUUGUUUCAUCAGGAUAUAUAUCUUGAAUCAAUUUUGAAUGGAUGACUAUGCUUGUCCCUUGGUGGGGAUGAAGUCAUCAUGUAGAAGUUACUUAUCCUGAUUCGGAAACUCAAGGAGAAUUGUUUAUCGUCAAUUCCAGUUUGGACCUCUCUUGAGUUUCUAUGUUUUUCAAGGUGCUAAUGUCAGAAUUGUUUACUGCCUUUUCAUCAAACUCUUCAUUUAUCAGUA